GGCCCCGACCCCGCCGGGGUGGGGCGAAUCCCGGCCCGGCCCGUUGCCCCGGGUAGGGGCAGAGGUCCAGGCCAACGGGGCUUGCCGCGGCCGUGCUGCACUUCAGCAACCUGAGGCCCGCGCUGGAAGCGGGCCUGGUGUAGUUGCCUCGCCCCUCCUCGAGGCAGGUCCCGGGGCUCGCACGCGCCGCACCCCCUCAGCGCCCGCCGCCUGGAGUUGCUGGCCUUGGUCUCAGCCGGGUGGGAUAUAUCUGCACCUUGAAGAUAAAGCAAAAAUCUUCUUUGAAAUAUAGAAUUUUAUCACUUUCUGUGAACUAAAGCGAUUCAAUGUCUCUUUUGGAUUGUUUCUGUGCUUCACGAACACGAGUUGAAUCACUCAGACCUGAAAAACAGUCUGAAACCAGUGUCCAUCAAUACCUGGUUGAUGAGCCAGCAGUUUCCUCCUGGUCACCUCCAUCUGCUAGAUCCAAUGAAGUGAUAUGUUCCACUAAUGUUUCUCACUAUGAACUGCAAGUGGAAAUAGGAAGAGGGUUUGACAACCUGACCUCUGUUCACCUUGCACGGCAUAUUCCUACAGGAACGCUGGUAACUAUAAAAAUUACAAACCUGGAAAACUGCACGGAUGAACGUCUGAAAGCUUUACAGAGAGCGGUGAUUCUAUCUCACUUUUUCCAACACCCCAAUAUCACAACUUACUGGACAGUUUUCACUGUUGGCAGCUGGCUUUGGGUUAUUUCUCCAUUCAUGGCCUAUGGCUCAGCGAGCCAGCUCCUGAGGACCUAUUUUCCUGAUGGGAUGAGUGAACCCUUAAUAAGGACCAUUCUCUUUGGAGCAGUGCAAGGCUUAAACUACCUGCACCAGAAUGGCUGCAUCCACAGGAGUUUUAAAGCCAGCCACAUCCUCAUUUCUGGUGAUGGCCUGGUGACCCUCUCUGGCCUGUCCCAUCUGCAUAGUUUGGUUAAGCACGGACAGAGACAUAGGGCUGUCUUUGAUUUCCCACAGUUCAGCACAUCAGUGCAGCCGUGGCUGAGUCCAGAACUACUGAGACAGGAUUUGCAUGGAUAUAAUGUGAAGUCAGAUAUUUACAGUGUUGGGAUCACAGCAUGUGAAUUAGCCAGUGGGCAGGUACCUUUCCAGGACAUGCACAGGACUCAGAUGUUACUACAGAAACUGAAAGGUCCUCCAUAUAGCCCACUGGAUAUCAGUAUUUUUCCACAGUCGGACUCUAGAAUGAGAAAUUCCCAGUCAGGAGUAGAUUCUGGGAUUGGAGAGAGCGUGCUUGUCUCGACUGGAACUCACACAGUCACUAGUGACCGGCUCCACACACCAUCCACAAAAACAUUCUCUCCUGCCUUUUUUAGCCUGGUGCAGCUGUGUUUGCAGCAAGAUCCUGAGAAAAGGCCAUCAGCAAGCAGUUUAUUGUCACAUGUAUUCUUCAAGCAGAUGAAAGAAGAGAGCCAGGGCUCCAUACUCUCACUGUUACCACCUGCUUACACCAGGCCACCGUUGGCACUGCCUCCGGUGUCACCAUGGAGUGAGCUGGAAUGCGAGCUUCCUGAUGGCAGAGACCCAGACUGGGAAUUCUAGGGUUGCCAAAUCAUUUCAUGUCCUCUAUACUUGACAGCUUCUCCUUGCUGCUCUUCUUCUGUAUUGUUAGGUACAAAUGCCAGAUCUAUACUUGAAAAUACAGUUGGUGCACUGGAGAUGAUCAGUUAAAAUCACUCUGUUCAUGGGCAUGGUCUCACCCUCUGCUCAGAGCAGAGUACUUUCCCAACUUCAGCAUCAGAAUUAGACAGUAUCGUCUGUCUCCCCACCCCACACUUUUUUCCUUUUCUUGAAGCUGUGACAUUAUUUUCUGCAUCUCAGUGUAAUGUUUUGAGCCAGCUAGUGAAAACCUUUGCUGUCCUCUGGGGAAUGAGCCCUUCCUCCCAGGACAGUGAUUCCAAGAACAUAUCUUCUUCCGGAUUUUAUAUUCUUUUUGAUCAGCUAUUGUUAGAUGCACAGGCUGGUUUAUGCUGGUACAAAGCCCUUUUUUUGGAGAAGGGAAAAUGUUUGUACUAUCCCUUUUACAUAUGGUAAUAUCAAACUGAGCCUUGGUCACAUUAAAUAAUUCACUUAAAAUAGAAAGAGAAGAUGUAAUUUGCAUUUUAAAAGGGAGGGGGGCUAAAGUAACACUUUUCUACCUGUGGAAAUUAUAGAGCUUUAAAUCAUGCACCCUGUGGGAGCUCAAUAAAAAUUUAUUAAAUUUAA